AUGCCGGCGGAGGACCUGCCCAUCGAGUUGGAGCACGCCAUCGGGCUCAGCGCCCUGCGGGGCGGCCUCCACUACCACCCGAAUGGGCGCGAGUACCUCUACGCCGCCGGGGCGUCCAUCGUCGUCUGCGACUUCGAGGACCCGCACGCGCAGGCCUUCCUCCGGGGCCACGACGACAGCAUCACCUGCGUGGCCAUGAGCGCCAAGGGCGCGCUCGUCGCGUCGGGGCAGCGCGGCGAGAACGCGGACGCGAUCGUAUGGGACUACGAGCGCAAGAGCCUGCUGUUCCGGCUGAGCGAGCACGACCACGCCGUGAGCGCUUUGGCGUUCUCCCACGACGAGCUCCUGCUCUGCACGGUAGGCAACGUCGACGACGGCAAGCUCCUCGUCUGGGACAUGGCGAACGGCUGCAUCGUGACGAUGGUGUCCGCGGAGCCGUCGCCGACGGUCUGCGUCGCCUGGGGCGGCUUCGUCAAGGACGUGAAGCGGCGGGACACGCAGGACUACCUCUUCUGCACGGCGGGCGGCAAGAAGCUCAGCCUCUGGUCGUUGAACCCCUACAGCGGCGAGCUGUCGUCGGAGCGCGUGUCCACGGACGGCCGGGGCUGCACGGUGCGCGAGAUGACCUGGGUCGAGUUCAGCGAGGACCGGGAGACCAUCUACUGCGGCACGACGUCCGGCGAUUUUACGUUGGUGAACGUGCGGAAGCGGUCCGCGUCCGGGACGACGGUCUUCGCGAGCCGGAGCGGCGUCGAGUCGCUGCUGGCCAAGCCCGACGGCGGCCUCGUCACGGGCGGCGGCGACGGCACGGUGACGGCCUUCGACGCGAAGCUGCACGACGUCGCCCAGGUCCAGCUGCCCGGCGCCGUCGUCGCGCUCUCGUUCUCGCCGGACCGCGGCGAGCUCAUCGCGGGCGUCGCGUCGGGCGCCAUCUACCGGCUCCGGGGCGACCUGGGCAAGGCCCUGCUCGUCUGCGAGAACCACGCGCGGCCCGUCGUCGCCGUCGCCUACAGCGCCGACUCGAGCGACAAGUUCGCGACGGCGUCGCUCGACGACACGCUCCGCAUCUGGGACGCGAACGACUACAAGGCGUCGGCCCACGUGCACGUCCGCGACGCCGGCGAGCCGACCUGCGUCGUCUACACCCUCGACUUCCUCAUCUCGGGCUGGUCCGACGGCAAGAUCCGCGCGCACGAGUCGGACACGUCGACGCCGCUCUGGCUCAUCGACCACGCGCACCGCGGCGGCGUCUCCGCUUUAGUCCUCGCGAACAACCAGCGCUUCAUCAUGACGGGCGGCGGCGAGGGCGACGUGCGCGUCUGGGAGCUGCGGAGCCGCGAGCUCGUGUCCCACCUCAAGGAGCACCGGUCCAUGGUCACGGGCUUGGCUUUGUACGAGGACGACCUCCACGCGCUCAGCUGCUCGCGGGACCGGAGCUUCCUCUGCUGGGAGCUGCGCAACGAGAAGCGCAUGACGUCCCACACGCAGCGCAUGGGCGGCAUCAACUCCAUCGCGCUAUCGAAGGACCAGACGAACGUCUUCACGGUCGGGCAGGAGAAGCGGCUCACGCGCUGGGACCUCCGCGACCAGAACUUCCUCGAGGCCGUGGACCUCAGCGACGACCAGUCCGACGAGGCGUCCUGCGUCGCCGUCUCCAACUCCGGGCUCGUCGUCGCCACGGGCGGCACGAAGAAGCUCCUGAAGUUGUACGAGACCGCGCCGGGCCACAAGCUCCUCGCGAGCGUCGUCGGCCACAGCGGCGCCAUCCGCGACCUCAAGUUCUCCCCGGACGACAAGCAGCUCGUCACCGUCGGCGAGGACGGCGUCAUCUUCGUCUGGAACCUCUACGUCGACUGA